UUUAACAUGAUCGCAAAAGAAUCAAGUGUAACAUUUAAAAGUAAUCACAAGUAUAAGAAACGUAGAAAACAAUUGCCUUUCAAUAAUGAUUCUUCAUCGGAUUCAGAUGACUAUAAUGAAACAACACAAGCUAAAGUUUUGGCGCCUAAGAUUUCCCAAAAUGAACGUUGGGCUAAUAUAAUGAAAUCAGCCUUAAAUAAUAAAAAGAGAAAAGAUAAUCAUGAAAAAAAGGUAGACAAUAUAGAUGAAGAUUUAGGGGACAAAGAAAAGUUGAGCAUUAAAAAAAAGCAUAAAUUACUUCUUUCUACCUGUGGAAUAAAUAAAGAGCUUGACAAGAAAAUGGCAAAUAUAGCCACUAAAGGUGUUGUUAAUUUAUUCAAUGCUGUUUCACAGCAAAAGAAAAUAUUUGAUGAUAAGCUCUCAGAUACAAAAGGACUAUCUUACAAGGAAGAUAAGGUUUUAUCCUCAGUUUCACUUGGUUCAUUUUUAGAUUUGCUCAAAGAUAAUGGACCAAAAUCAAAAAAUAAAAAGAAUAGCACACUCAUGUCACCAUUAGAAACAAAUAAAAUAAUUAAAAAUGAUGAAGAUGAGCCUUCAUGGGAUGCACUACAAGAAAAUUUUUUAUUCAAUGAUAAUGAUCCAAAUCUUGUUGAGACUAAAUUUGAUGACAUAUCAUAUUAAAAAAUUGAAUUAUUGUAACACAAGAUAUAUGUAAAUGAAUAUUGAUUUAGAGUAUAUAA